AUGGCAGAAGAUCUCACACCAACUCCAAUCUACACUGACAUGGAGAAUAUUGAAGAAACUAAUGUGGGUAUUGCCGCUGAGAAUGAGGCAGAUUCAAAACAAACAGAAGCAGAAUCUGUUGUCCUUGAAACUCAAGAGAACAAAAAAGAAGAUACAGAUAUUACUUCAACCUCCAACCCACCAAUAGAUACCGAAAAACUACCGAAUGAAGUUCCUAGCUGGGGUCCACCAGAAGACGAUAUGCUUGAGGAGCAGCAGCAACAACAAGCAACAAAUGCAUCAGCUUCUGCUGCACCAACAAAUGAACUGAAGUGGGAAACAACCGAAGAGAACAACACGCUAGUUAAACUAGAAAAUAAUGAUAGUUCCGAAAAGUUAAUAACGACAACAACAAGUGAUUUACAGAGUCCAGCAUAUACUUAUAGUGACUCGCCGUCCCCGUAUGCUCCGCGUACACCAAUGGAUAUAUAUGAGAAUACGGGGCUCACAGAAUAUCCAAAUCAUGAGUUUGCUGGAUGUUCUUCAAUUGAAGAUUAUACGAUACUCGAUAAACUUGGAGAAGGCACCUUUGGGGAGGUGCACAAAGGACAACAUAAAAGUUCAGGAAAAAUUGUCGCAUUGAAAAGAAUAAUAAUGCACAAUGAGAAAGAAGGAAUUCCAAUCACUGCAAUACGCGAAAUAAAAAUAUUACGGCAACUUAAUCAUACAAAUGUGAUAAGUUUGAGUGACAUGGCUAUUCAAUAUGCAACGGAUGCCGAGUCGACACCAUCUAUUUACAUGGUCUUCCCGUAUAUGGAUCACGAUUUAGCCGGGUUACUCGAAAAUCCAUCCGUGAAAUUUACACCACCGCAAAUAAAGUGUUAUUUGAAACAGCUUUUGGAGGGGACAUUUUAUUUACAUCAGCAACGUAUAUUACAUCGAGAUUUGAAAGCUGCCAAUCUAUUAAUUAACAAUCAAGGAAUACUAAAAAUCGCUGAUUUUGGAUUAUCACGGCCUAUGAUCGAAAAGUCACUGACAGGAUGUGUUGUCACACGGUGGUAUCGACCACCUGAACUACUGCUCGGCGAACGGCGGUAUAAUACAGCAAUAGAUAUGUGGGCAGUAGGCUGUGUAUUUGCAGAGAUGCUGCGAGGAGCACCAAUUCUUCCAGGUCGCUCAGAUAUGGAUCAACUGGAUCUUAUAUUCAAAUUAUGUGGGUCACCAAAUGAAAAAUCGAUGCCUGGAUGGCAGAAACUUCCUGGAUGUAGAGAUCUAAAGCCUGCUAUUAUGUAUGAGCGGAAAGUUGUAUUUGAAUAUCAAAAAUAUGGAACACAGGCCGCGGAUUUGCUCGAUAGGCUACUAGUGCUCAACCCUGCUAAACGUUUAACAGCUUUUGAUGCACUUGACCAUGAUUAUUUUUGGACUGAUCCAAUGCCAGCAGACCCGAAAGAUCUUCCCGCAUACGAAGACUCCCAUGAAUAUGAUCGAAGAAAACACAAGCAUGAUGAUGGUCGACGAUCACCGUACGUUGAUCCAGAGUCCGAUCCGCGUGUACGUAAAGAACGAAAUAACAUGAAACGUGAUCGAUCACGUGAUCACGAUCGUGUUACUCGAAGAAAUCAACAACUUCCAACAGUGUCUGAAGACUGUGUUUAUUAUUCAUUGUAUUUUUCGUUUCUCGAGUCUUUUUCUCGUGAACAAAAAGAAAAAGAACAGCAACAAUAUAAGUACCUUCAAGAGACAAAUACAAUAAUAUUAUCUGAAUUACAACCGUUUCUUAAAAACUAUUUAUGGCAAAAAGAUCCAUUUCAGUUGAGAAUUGAUAAGGAAGAAAAAGCGGCAGAUCAAUUACCAUCUUCUUCAUACUAUUUCUUAACUGGUCAAACGCGCUUUGGCGAUUGCAUCGAAGAUGAAUGGUUUAUCGUGUUUUUAUUGCAAAAGAUCAGCUUGAAACUCAGUGACGUGGUUAUUCACGUAUCAGAUAACGAUGGCGAAUUUCUACUUAUCGAGUCGGCGAUGCAGCUUCCGAAUUGGUUGGAUCCUAGUAACGACCAAAACAGGGUUUUCAUACACCAAGGAAAUCUUCACAUAAUUCCUAUUAACGAGACUUUCAAGAGUAAAUUGAGCCUUGAAGAAGGCGUGAAUAUAGUGAGGAAUAAUCCGCAAAUAACAAAGGCUGAUGAGGCGAUACAGAAACUUGUGUUUACUAGGAUAGCAGAGUACCCACAAAAAGCCACCCAAAUUAUCCAUCACGCUCGUGCUCACAUCCCAAAAGCUAUUGUUCAUGUUCUGUAUCAUAGACCGCAACUUGUUGCUGCUGCCGUUGAAGCAUUUUAUACGCGUGAUCAAUUAGCAAUGAAAGCAUGCUACAAAAUGGAAAAAUUCCCACCAUCCACAUCCAUCACAACAAUCGUGAAAAUGACCAAGACGCUAUACGCGCAACUCGUGAGUCAACGAUUUCAUCCGCCAAAACCGUUUAAGUUGCCGCCACCGUCGGAGGACGCUAAAGCGUUCAAAGCGGCUGAACUUGGGAUGAAGUUGGCUUGUGGCUUUGAGAUUUUGUGUACUGAUAGCUAUUACGCGAAUUCAAUAGUAUCUUUGCAUACUCGAGUAUUUGAUAAUGUUGAGACAUAUCCAUUUGACUUGGACCCAGACUGGAACGCAUAUCAAGAGAACUUAUCCAAACGCGGGUACUAUCGAGGCGAAUUACCAGGCUCGAAACUAUACAAAGAGCUUUACGCGUUUGCGAAACAGCAGUACCUCAAAGAUCGCAGCCAAAGGAUCUCCAGUCAAGAUCAAUACGCGCAUGAAUCUCCGUCUCCACUCGGCCAAAUAAACGAAAUAAUGGAAUUACCCAUGGAAUCUGACGAGGUUCUGGCUUCUGUCAAUAAUGAACGCGAGGACGACGAUGCGUGGAUGAAUAUCGAUCCUAGAGAUUUUGAAAGUAUGGUCAAUAUGAUGGAAACAGACGUUAAUUUUGGUGGUAGUGCAAAAGAGAAAAAGAACAAUGAUGACGAAAACUUUGAGAAUAUAGUUGACCUAAAUAAAACGGUUGAGGAUUUUGAGAAAUUUGUUGACUUUGAGAAAUCGGGACUGGAGGGUGCAGAAUUCUUGGACGAAUAUUCUUCGGAUGAAGAUAACAGCAAUAACGAUUCUGACCAAGAAGGGGGAGACUCGAUGAUUGAUAAAGAUAUUUCAUUUGAUCCGUCGGAAUUCUUGAAUGCUUUGAGACGAACACUUGGUGUAACCAAUGAUGAGUAUCAAAAAAUGGUGAAUGCGAAGUUCAAAAAGACAAGUAAAGCUGAUCAGCCCAUCAGCAAUCAACCAAUCACUACAAUUCCAUCAUCCAGUAGUACCAGACCACAAUCACUUCCCCCCGAUAAUAGCACAUCAUCAUCUUUGUCAUUUACCACCGCCACAAACGAAACAAUCACAACAACAAGCGUCACCGAAAUAGACGAUGACACCAGUAUUGAAUCAUACAUGGAUGUAAUGGACACCGAAUUAGCGUCCACAAAAGUGGCAAAAUCUUUCGUACGAGACUCGAAGGAUAUCGAAAAGAAUCUUUCAGGAUCUAAUAAAGACAAAGAUAGAAUUGAUAAGGACGAGGAAGAAGAAGAUGAAACUUUUGUCCCCGUGAAUAUAGAAUUAAACACAGUCACGAAUUUACUCGCAAGUUUCAAAGCACAAGGAGGAUUGCCUGGGCCAGCGGGAAACAUCAUGGGACGACUUGGUGUAAAUGUGCUUCCCCAAGAUGUUGAUAGCGAUGACGACAGUAAUUAUGAUGAUGGAUGA